AUCAUUACAUCAUCGACUAGCCGCCACAAAAAGACAACAGCCAGCCCACCUACCGAAGUUGGGAUAUAUCUAGCAAAAUAGGUCUCAUUACAGUUGCUCAUUCUUCUGUAUCAAUCCUUGUGCUAGGACAACAACAAUCGAUCUGCAAAGGCUGUAUCCUACAAUCUAACCCCAAUCCCAUCCACUCGCUUGUCGCCAUGUCUGUAACAACAGACACCAUUAGAGAUACACACAUGGCCAGGCCAGAUGAUGAAGAGCGGGACUAUGAGCGCGCAGUGAAGACCUGGUCGGCUGGGAAGUUUGAUGAUUGGCCCAACGAAGCUGGAUUCGAGGGCUUGACAGAGAUCCGUGGACCUGUCGAACUGAAAGUGACAGGGUCCAUACCCACAUGGGCAGCAGGAACGCUCUAUCGCACUGGUCCAGGAGGGUACACUGUCGAGAACACACCAAAGGGAACAUUCAAGACCACACAUUGGUUUGACGGGUUCGCCCAUACACACAAAUUUGACAUCGUCUCUGAUCCCAAUGGCCCAAAAGGCCUGGUGCGGGUUCUAUAUAGUUCUCGGCACCAAGCUGAGGACUACGUUGACGCCAUCCGACAAACUGGUCGGUUGCCACGCUUGAGCUUUGGUCAACGCCAAGACCCAUGUAUUGGUGUUUUUGGUAAACUUAUGAGUGUGUUCAAGCGCGAGGAGCAGCAACCGAUGCCUGCGUCGGCCAAUGUGUGUGUCACGGUACAUGCUGACCUGCCUGGACUUGUAACGAAAACAGAACAGACGACCUCGGGCCACAGAACACGCAGUAAAGCACUCUUUCUAGCCACGGAUGCAAGUCGGCUACAAGAGAUUAGUCCUGACACUUUAGAACCGAUCGGUCUGGCGAAACAGCAAAUACUCCAUCCCCUACUGAAGGGACCUCUUAGUUCAGCCCACGCACAAAGAGACCCGGAAACUGGAGAUCUCUUCAACUUCAAUCUCGACAUGGGCCUUUAUGCUACCUAUCGAGUCUUCCGCACCAAUUCGACCAGUGGCACAACCGACAUACUAGCAACCAUUUCAGCAUUGGACCUGAAGCCAGCUUAUAUUCACUCCUUCUUCUUAUCGCCAUCCUUCGUGAUCCUAUGUAUCCCUUCUUCUCACCUGGGAUAUAUGGGCAUCUCAGUUCCAUGGAGUGGCAAUAUAGUUGACGCUAUAGAGCCGUUUGAUCGUUCCAAGAUAUGCAAGUGGUUCAUUGUAGACCGCCGCCAUGACCGUGGGGUUGUGGCUACAUUUGAAACUCCUGCAGGAUUCUUCUUCCACAGUAUCAACUCAUUCGAAGAUUAUAAUGAAUUUACGGGUGAUAUAGAUGUGUUUUGUGAUGUGGUUGAGUACCCUUCGACAGAUAUAAUACGUGCAUUUGAGAUGGAUGUGCUCCUGAACAAUCAGGACAAAGAGGAAUUAUAUCUGAAGGAUGAGCAGCGCAUACGCAAUUGUCUUCCAAGAGUAGUGAGACGCAGGUUCAGAGUCCCUGCUGAAAAGACAGGCAAAAUCCCUCGGAUUGCAGAGACUAUUUUUGAAAUCAAAGCGCCGCACGCCGGCGAACUUCCAACUAUCAACCCAGAUUACGCAACGAAAAGAUAUCGUUACGUCUAUAGCUUAGCUAACCGCGGCUAUAGCACUCUACACGACAUCAUCGUCAAAACGGAUCUAACUACACGUCAAACAUUGUGCUGGCGGGGACCUAAAGGUCAUACACCAGGAGAGGCAAUAUUUGUACCUCGUCCAAAACACGCUAGAGAUGGAGAUGGAGACGGCGACGAAGAUGAUGGGGUACUUCUCAGCGUUAUCCUUGAUGGAUUUAACAAGACCAGUUACCUGGUCUGUUUGGAUGCUAAGACCAUGCAAGAGCUUGGCCGGGCUAUAUGUGACUGGGCAAUUGGACAUGGAUUUCACGGUUUGCAUAUAUAGAAUAGAGAGAUACCUUAGAAUAGAUUAUCCUUAUAAUAGUCACAAACUCUGAUGCAAAUAUUUGUAUACGAGAAAGAGAGAUCCGAAGAAGGCAUGACCCCUUUUGUCUACUCCCAUGACCGAAAUUACUCAUGUAAUUGUCAGUAUAGUAUGAAUGUCAGUGGGAUUGGGCUGACUCUC